UCCAUCCUUAUUCGUUGAACAACACGAAUUAAAACGUGUUUACUGAAUAUAGAGUAUAACUGGAGAAAGUAAAGCAUUUUUAUUAUUUUUUAGUUGUAAAAAAAAUAAUACCACACACUAAGAGAUAGAAAGAUUAAGAAGAAGCUAACAACUUAGGUCAUUUAGCGCAAAAAAAAAUAAAGAAACGGAACAACAAUCACUAAAGACCAACCCCUACUUUGGUAAACAAAUACAUACAACAACAGUAGCAACAUCAAUCAGCAAUCUCGUUUCGUCGCAUACAGAGAUUCUAACUAUGCUGAUAAAUAAUACGGAAGCUUUAAAGAGCUGGCUGGUGGAAAUCCUUGAACCACUAUGUGAUGCGGAUUCCUCGGCGUUGGCCCGUUAUGUGUUGGCUCUAUUGAAAAAAGACAAACCCGAAAAAGAGCUUAAGCGUGUUAUGAUCGAACAGUUGGAUGUAUUUUUGGUGGAAGAAACAAAACCAUUCGUUGAACGUCUCUUGGAAGCCAUUAGUACUGAAGAAUAUUUGAAAACUCCCCUGCCUACUGCCAAUAAUCCAAAAACAAUUGUGACCGGUAACGAAGAUGCCGAAGUGGCCUCCAUUGCUAAUAAUGCUGCCGUCGCCAUUGCUGCCUCCUCGGCGGCAACAUCGUCAUCAUCAACCUCCUACUCGUCUAACAUGAACAACACCUCCUCCAAUACAAACACUGGUGCUGCUGCGGCUGCGAAUACGAUAACGACGGGGUCAAAUGUUACAAAUGUGAUAAAUCAAAAUGAUAAUAGCGAUACAAUCAAUAGCGUAACCGCCAAAGUGAUAGAUAAUAAUACGGCUGCUACAAGUAGCACAUAUGCGGAUAAAAUAAAUACACCACCCAUUGAUGAAAGUAAAACCAAAGAUACUACGACAGAACGUACCUCAUCGUCAUCAUCCAAUGCACAUCAUCAAUCCUCCUCGACUUCACAAUAUCAUCAUCAACAGCAUUCUUCCGGUGGUGGUGGUCAUCAUCAUCACAAUUCGUCGAAUCGCAAUGAAGCAGCGCAUUCGUAUGGCAGUGGUGCUGCUGGCAAUGAUCGUCAUCAACAACAACAACAACAUCAUCCACGUAGUGCUAGUCCACCUGUCGCACGUACUAAUGCUGCCGACAAAGAGAAUCAACCCCGCGAAAGUCGUAGACGACGUGCCUCCUUGCGAUCUCGAUCAAGAUCACGUUCUCGCUCACGAUCGAACGAACGUUUUUCGAGACGUUCUCGAUCCCGUGAUCGCCGCAUCAACGAACGUGAGAAAACACAACGACAAUUCCGCAACAAGUCACCACCCAUGGGUGGUGGCGGUGGAGGAGAUUCGAGACAUGAUCGCAGACGUGGUGGAGGUGGUGGUGGCGGCGAUAGACGUCGUAUGAUGAUGAAUAACAUGGGUGGAGGAUCAUCGGAUGAUAGAUCGCCAAGAUUUGGUGGUGGCGAUCGCCGUGGCAGUGGAGGUGGUGUUGGUAGUGGCAUGGGAGGACCUGGUGGACCCGGUAAUCGUUCGACAAAUCGUUCACCUAUAUCGCCUCGUAGUCGCUCGCCUUCGCUGGAACGAGGCGGUAGAACUGGUAAAAGGUCUCCUUCUGCCGGACGCUCUCAAGCUCGUGGUGGUGGUGGUGGUAAUGCUGCAGGUGCUGUGACUUCUCCCGAUGCCCGGCAUCAUCACAAUAAUGACGGCGAGAAAAGGCAGAGAUGUCGCGACUUUGACGAAAAGGGCUAUUGUGUAAGAGGCGAAACCUGCCCCUGGGAUCAUGGUGUCAAUCCAGUGGUCUUUGAAGGUCUUAACAAUUCGGCUCUAAUAAGCAUGUCGCUGCGCGAAUACAAUCCUGAUGCGCCCGAUCUUUGGUCCCGCUCAGCACCCCCUGCUGGUGCAAUUGUGUCUGGUGGCACUCCAGGAGCUUUGAUGGCGGGAGCUGCUGCAGGUGGUAUCAAUCCCUUUACAGGUGCCGCACGUCCAGGUGCUGUCAUGAUGGCUGGCUCAGCCGGAUCUGUAGGAUUUCCUCAAGUGCCUGGAACUGAAAAACCUACGAAUGGUGCAGGACCUUUGGCAGCUGCCGAAUAUGCUCGUACAGCUGCUGCUGCCGCUGCUGCUGGAGCCGGUUUCCGUGCAGCUGCUCCAAUGAUGCCGUUCCCUUUCAAUCCUGCCGCCGUUACAACACCUUUGCAACGUGAACUCAUCCCCAUACCCGUAGUUGAUGCUAGCGGCGGGGCUGCCGCUGCGGCUGGCGGUGACGUUACAGCUGCCUUGCAAGCACAAAGUAAACGGCGCUUUGAACUCGAAGAUUCUGUUGCCAUAGCUGAUGGACCCACAAAAAGAAAAAUACCAGCUCACAGUCGUUUAGGUCCACGCGUUCCCAGUCUACAAAAUUGUUCCCUGGAACUGCGCAAAGUUCCCAGAGGUCUCAAUACAAUCGCUCACCUUAACAAUCACUUUGCCAAAUUCGGUAAAAUUGUCAAUAUACAAAUUUCCUAUGACGGCGAUCCGGAAGCCGCUAUUGUAACAUUUUCCACACAUGCUGAGGCCAAUGUAGCAUAUCGCAGUACCGAGGCUGUGCUUAAUAAUCGUUUCAUCAAAGUAUUCUGGCACACUGCAGAACCCUCAAUGGCCAGCGAAAGUAACUCUUCCAUGAUGCAGCAAUCAGGAGGUCGCAAAAAUAGUCAAUACCAUCUGAACAAUGUGCCAGCGGUACCAACGCCCACCGCCGACUCCGCGAAAACCGCCAACACUAGUCAAACGCAAACAUUGGGCACCUCAACUGCCAGCAGUAGUUCAAUGAGUGGUACAAACACCCAAGAUACCGUCACAACUACGACUGCUAACAGUGGCUCAACGACCACAACAGCAACAGUGGCAGCAACUCAUGUACCCCCAACCUCCUUACGUCUCAAAAACAAUAUACCACCACGCACUGGCGGCGGUGUACCCAGUGCUGUUUUCCGUAAAAAGCAAGAAGAACAAGUCAAGGCUGUAGCCCAACUAGCCAAUGGUUUGCGCAAACGCAAACAGGAACUCUUACAGAGUUAUGUGAAACAAAUGAAGUCCGCCUUGGAACUGGUCGAACGUUGUGAACCCACAGAUCCACAACGUGGUCCAACUUUAGCCACCAUUAAAGUCCUGCAGGAGACCAUAGAUAAGCUACGCAAAGAAAUUGCCGCCGAACAAGAACAAAUACAGGCUCAAAUACAAAAUCAAAAUCAGCCACCACCAGCGAAAAAAUCAAAGGAACAACAAAAGAAAGAGCUACUCGACAUCGAAUUGGAAUUAUUUGCCCAACAACAGGAGGGCAACGAUACAACUGCCAUACAAAAACGUCUCGAAGAACUACAACGUAGUUUAGGCAUUGUACCCGGUACGGCUGCCUCCGGUGCAAGUGGUAUCGGCUCACCAAUGGGCGCGGGUAAACCGGUACAUUAUAUGUCCGGUGGUCGACCAAUCGUUAGAGGUAGAGCUUCAUAUCCCGAAGGUUCUACCCGCGUAGAUCGUCGUCCCAAAACCAUUGUUGUAACCGGAUUCUCGAGUGAAGAUGCUGACUUUGUGCUGGGCCAUUUUAAGCAUUUUGGUGAAAUCACUAAACAUGAUAUGGAUUUGGAGAAACCUCAACUAAUAUUAUCAUAUGCCACUCGUAUCAAUGCCGAACAGGCUAUUUUGCGUGGCAAAAUCUUUAAAGAUAAACGUUUACAAAUUGUCUGGGCUCCGGUGGUUCAAACACCAACUGUUGCUGCAACAGCCGCCGGCAAUAAAACAACAACACCGAAUGUUGAGAGUAAAACAACGGGAACGGAUGCGACUAAAUAUUAUCCCGCCAACAUUAGUAGAUUACCAUCACCCACAUAUACCCCAGCUAGUAAUGAGACAGAUGCUAAUAAUACCGAUACAUUGCCCGAACUGAGGCUAGAAGAUGAAGAGGAAGAUGAGGAAUCCGAAGAUCGUUCGUGGCGUCGUUGAUUUUCAAUAUUCAACAGUACACGCAACCUUAGCAGCAGCAACAACAUAAAUACAUGCAGCCAUACCAACUGUAACCAGAGUCUGAGAUGUAGAGUCUAAUCGCCCCCUUCCUUCCCCCUGUAUUAAACUAUUAUAAAAAAAAUGAAAAUGAAACAUAAAAGAAAGUGUUGUAAAAGGUGGAAGGAAGUCAGUCCGUAAUGUUUGUGAAUUAUUUGAUGGCAUAAUGAUGAAGUUAAUACAUAAUUGUUGUUAUUAAAUAGCACAUAUUUUAUAGAUUAAUAAGUACUUUUUUGUAUACUAGAGAAAAAGGAAUGUGAGAAAAACAAACAAAAAAAUAUCCUUAAAAUACUUUUUUAAUCCUAAGCUAAGAACGCUUUCUCUUAUAAAUUGAAAUCAGAAUACAAAAAAAAAAACAUAAUUACAAUAAGGUUUGUUAUUAAUAAACAAACUUUUUCUACCAGACAGAAUUCUACUCUAUAUAUACAAACAUGCAUACAUCUAAAUAUAACUAUUAUACGUAUAACUAAAUGAGAAAUUAUACAUACAUAGAAGUAAAAUUGAAUAUAAAAAACUGAAAUUUAAAAUUGAAAAAGAAUAAAUGAACAGCAUACAAAAUAAACAAAAUGAUUCAUUAUUCACUAACAUAAGAUGAAUUUUAAAUUUUAAAAUAAUAUGCAUAACAAAAUAUAUAAAUGUAAAACAUUUUUUUUGUUAAUUUCUUAAUUAUAGCUGUAUCUUUAAACUCUCUUCUCCCACUUCUGUUUUUCUGUCUCUCUUCUCUCUCUCUCACACUAGACAUUUUGAGCUCUAAAAAGCAAUGAGAUUUUUAAAAUUUGUUAAAUUUACUUAAAGAAAAAUAACAAAUUUUCAAAAUAGUUUUUUUAAAAAAAAAAAAAAGUCAUCACCACCACCAGUAAUCAAUCUUACAUCUAUUUUGUAUUUCUUACUUUAUGCUAAUGGUAUUCUUUUCUUUUUUAACUUCCUUUUUCAUCUUUUUAUUAUUAUUAUAUUAUUAUUUUUAAUCAAAUUGUUUAGUUAAGCGUUUUUAUGUUGAAUUAUUUUACUUUUUAAUAUUAAAUUGAAUAUAUAUUUACGAUUAAUAAUAAUACAUUAAAACCAACAAAAAAUAAAAAUAAUAAUCAAUGUUUAUUGAUACAAAAAAUAUAUACAUUACAAGAAGAAAAAAACAACUUUUCACAACAACUACAAAAAAUUUAAUAAAAAAAACUAUAACAAAAAAAGAGUAAAACUAAAAAAAAGCAAAUAAAAUUUAACAAACAACCAACAAGUAAAAAAUAAAUAUGAUAUUGAAAAUAUAUCAAUAUAAAUGAGGAUCAUAAAAUAAAUAAAAAAAAAAACUAUAUAGAUUAUUAUUUGCUAUUAAAUUUCACAUAAA